CCUAACUUUGUCUUUUUAUAAAUUUAUGGAGGACUUAAAUUUUAAAACAGCAAACCCAGGUGCUGUGCAGUUUGGAAACUUUAUCAAUUAUUACAAGUUCCAUCCACCAGAAAGACGCAUUUCUGUGUUACCCAAAGAAAUUUGGGAUUCAGUUGCAAGGGAACAAUCUUGCUGUAUUUUGGAUAUUGGCUGUAACGCUGGGGAUUUAACGAUAGAAUUGUAUAAGCAUAUCUCUGAAUCUGUUGGUGUAAAGAAUGUCAACAUAUUGGGUAUCGAUAUAGAUCCAGUUUUGAUUCAACGAGCUUGUGAGCAAAAUAAGUUCCCAAAUAUUCAAUUCACUUGCGUGGAUAUUAUGCACGAAACUGAUUACAUUAAAUCUGUAAGAGGAUUUCUAAAACAGCAUAACACACAGAAAUUUGCUAUUGGUUUUUGUUUUUCUAUAACAAUGUGGAUUCAUUUAAAUCAUGGGGAUGAUGGUUUGAAAAAGUUCCUACGAAGAGUUGUUGAACUGUGCGAGUCUCUAGUCAUUGAACCUCAACCGUGGAAAUGUUAUAGAACAGCUGUAAGGCGAUUCAAAUUAUCUAAUUCAACUUUCCCUAAAUAUUCAGAAAUUAAAAUAAGGGGUGACAUAGAACAAAGAAUUGAAUUGUAUCUCCAAAAUGAAUGUGAUUGCACAAAAGUUUUAGAAAGUGGUAGGACAGAAUGGGGUAGAAAAAUUAUGGUUUUUAAAUUAAAACAACAAAUUGUAUAGUAUUUAGU